AUUCAUUGAUCACUGGUUACAGAAAAGGCGGCAGUCAGAGGCAGCUAACUUGUGGAAUGAACCAGCAGACUCUGCUCAUGUGGAGCGGGGAGAUGAUCACGAGCUUCACAAGCUGCUAGAGAAAAGGUCAAAAAUGCGCCGUGGGUCAGAGGGAUACCGACGUUUGAGCUUUGACAUCAUUGCCCACCGACAGAUCCGUCGAAAGGUAAAGGAUAGAUGGAAACAUAUCUUGGAAGUCUUAGGGUUCAAAGCUGAAACGGAUGGCCUACUCACUGUAACUUCCUGUACUUCUUAUGAAUCUCUCCACAAUCCUCAAGAGGCCCGCAGACUCCACACUAUCCUGGCUGAACAGACAUCAAUUUAUGGUCAUCAUGAUGGUGGUCCACCAGAGAGAUAUCUCUUUGUCCUGGACCGGCUUAUUCUUCUUGAUGUGGGAGAUGAUUUUCUGUCAGCUGCACGUCACUUUUAUCCUGCAAAGGAAGAAGAAGACAACAUGUCUUCCAGUGAUGGAGGCCCAUCUACUCCUGGUCCCAUCUUAGUACAAUUAAAUAAUGAAACUCAAAAAGAGGCUGAAGUAGAAGAGGGGGAGGAAUUAAAUGAGGACUAUACACAUUUUGGAGGGGCAAAAGGAGGAAAUUGAAGAAUCUGAGGAAAGUACCAUGAAGAGAAACGAACUCAAAUCAUUUAGUACAGACCUAUGAAGGCUUAAAACAGGGAUUCUCAACUUUCAUUUCUUAAAUUCCAUUAAUUAUCGUAAGAAUUAGGACCCACAUUAUACAAAAUAAAAAACCCCAUGUACUGACAAUGACAGCUGUAUAUUUACAAGUAAUCCGUUACUAAAUUAUCAUGUACAGUCAGUUUUAAAGACUUGAAAUUUCAAUUAGUUAUUCUGUGUCCCAUAUAGAGUACUUCUGAAUCCCAUUGAUGCUAUUAUUGAAUCUAGGUAACUACAGUAUGGACUUUUUAAAAAGUCAUUUUUCAUAUAGUAAACUUACAUUUCCUCAUUUCCCAUUUUCUUUUUAUUAUUAUAGCAUCUUCUAACGUGAUCUUUGAAAUGUAUACUAUAAGUAAGUCACUGUCCCUUCUAAAUGAUAAAAGUAGGAAGUGGUAAACAUUUGGGGAUAAAUAACGAAGCAGAAUUAUCUUUUUUUCUCUAUAACAGUGAUGGCGAACCUUUUAGAGACCAAGUGCCCAAAAAACUGCCCCGGCCCGCCCACUCCACCACCCACCUCACCCCUGGCCCACCCACAGGGCCACCCACUGUCUCCAUGGCCCGCCACAGAUCACCCAGGCAGCCCUGCAGCACCAUGGUGGCCACGCCCUCUGCCCGCGCCCCACAGCAUCAUCAUGAACAAUGGGGCGGGAGGGCAGAGUCUUGUCCCUGCUGCCCGGUUGCCAUGUGCUUGGCUAUGGUGCUCUGCACGGGCCGUGCCCAUGUCGAACUCUCCAGUGGUGUUGCUGCUGAGGAGGGGGCCACGGGGGGAAGCGGGGCUUGGGUGAGGGCGCCUGUGCCACAGAGAGGGCUCUGUGCCACCUCUGGCAGGCGUGCUAUAGGUUCACCACCGCUGCUCUAUAAUUUAAUGUCUCCACACUGUUCUUUGCUACUGUUGGCUGAUACUUUAUUUUGCAUUGUGUUCUACAAAACUCAGAGUCAUGUUAUGUCAGGCACAAGAAAUGACCCAAGGAGCUGAUCAGAGUGGUAUGUUUAUUGCAGCUUGUUUAUAAUCUAGCCAGACUAAAGCACUCACCAUACAACCACUAGAUAAAUACCAUCAAGUUUUAGAGAGGAUCUCCUUUCAGCUGCUUCCUUCCCAUCAACUCAUGUCUUAAAUUCCCCCAUAUUUUACUUUUCAUUUGUGGUUAUGAGAAUGAGAAAUGUUAAACUCUCCAAAGAUACCAAUCACAUCACCCAUCCUUCUUACCCAACACAAUAAGCCCACCUUAAGAGUUUUUUUCUCCCAAAGAUGCUUUUUUCCUGAGGCAAGUGGACUUUCUUGUUUUUCUUUGAAGACGUUUCACUUCUCAUUCAAGAACUUUCUUCAGAUCUGACUGAAUGAUGGAGCUGAAGAAGCUUCUUGGAUGAGAAACAAAAUACCUUCAAAGAAAAACAAGAAAGUCCAGUUGCCUCAGGAAAAAAGCAUCUUUGGGAUAACUAUGACCAGGAUGACUGAGAAUCUCCAUAGAUACUUAAGAGUUUCUUGUAUAACACAACAAUAUUUCAUCUGCAUGCAAGAAUGGCUUCAGAUACCAUGCUAAGCCAUGAUUUAAUUAACUUUGGUUUACUGAACAAAUCAAAAUUCCCUUAUUCUAAUUGAUUUGGCUUUGCCUCUCACUGUAUAAGUGGAUAUAAGCCUAUGGUCUUAAAAGGCCAUCUCCUAAAAAAAUAAAAUCUCUUCUGGAGAUUUUAGCAUAAACGUGAGCCUGGACAAUUGUUAAACAAACCAUCACAGAGCAGAGAGUGCAAAACCAACCACUGACUUUGGUGGCAGUUCAUAGUUUUCAUUCUAUGGAUCUUCAUCAUGGCACCUCUUUAGCCAGAGGGAUCUGACUUUAUAGUUCUGUCACCAACUAUAAAACUGACUACUAUAUUUUCAAAAUUGGGGUGGGUCAUGCAAGAGAAGCCAAGGCUAGAAGGUGCUCUAUAUUCUUAUGGGGACAAUCUUAUGUGAUUUAGCCUGUAUUUGUUUACAUAUGCUAAAAUUCAAGGCCUUCGCUUCUAUGCAUUUCUAUUACGUAUAUUUUUAAUAAUACAUUUCUUCUUAUUAUUUUUUUAAAGGCAUUAUGCACAGUUCAGAAACCAGAUACUGCAUUUCUGGGUUCUGCAUGAUAUCCUCAUCUUCCCUUUUUAUAAAUAAUAAAAUACAUAGUUCAAA